GUCUCCCCGGAGCAGAGAGCAGGGUCACGGCUACCAUGGAGCCCAGGGUGGUCUGUGUUCUCGUGCUGGUCUGCGUGCUGACCCUCAGCUCCCUGGCCCAGGGCGAGCUCGAUACGUGUGUGGUAGCCCCACACCACAGGACGAAUUGUGGUGUCCCAGGAAUCACGCCUGACCAGUGCAAAGCCAGAGGCUGCUGCUUCGACAACACUGUUAGUGGCGUCCCCUGGUGCUUCCAACCCGUGGCUGUGGACAACUCUCCUGACGAGGAGUGCUCCUUCUAGACGCGCUUUGGGGCAGCGGCGCCAGGAGCUGGAAUGGCCUUGCCCAGCAGCCCGGAGCCCAGCCACAUCACCGGCUGGCACUCGGGGCCCUCUGCGUCCACGCCUCGGCGGGCUUCGUGGGCAGACAGCACACACCCCUGGACUCAAA